AUGGCUCAUCAUAGAAUUCAGGAUACUGGUAGUUUCAAGGAGAGAGGCGCUCGGUAUGCACUUCAGAAUUUGACAGAGGAAAAAAGGAAAAAUGGAGUUUUCGCUGCUUCAGCUGGAAAUCAUGCUCUAGCUCUCUCGCUACAUGGGAGACAACUGGGAAUCGUUUGCGAAGGAGCCGGAGCAAUUGGCAUCGGAGCAAUUCUAUCGGGAAAAUUGGAUUAUCUAAAAGGCAAAACCGUCGUAUCGAUUUUGUCGGGUGGCAAUAUUGAUAGCACGUCGUUGGGAAGGUGUAUUGAAAGAGGAUUGGCCUAUGAUCAUCGUGUGAUUCGUCUAUCGGUAAUAAUUCCGGACAAGCCAGGUGGCUUAUCGAAAUUGACUGGUUUGGUGGGAGAUUUACAAGGGAAUGUGAGGGAUUUGUACUUGGAACGAGCAUUUAUGAGAAACGACAUGUCUAGUCAACGAGUCAAAAUGGUCAUCGAGGUGCGGGGAAAAGAGCAUGAGGAGCAAUUAAAAGAGAAACUGGAAAAGGAGUACGAUCCAUCGAAUUGCCAAUUCAAGAAUAGCAGUCGCCUGGCUGGCCUAUAA